GGCGGGGGCUCCUCCGAGCGCUGGCAGUUGUGAUGGAGAUGGCAGUGCUGGCGGAGGUGGCGGCGGGCGGAUGAGGCAGGAUCACGCCAUGUGCCUUCUCUCGCUGCGCUGACUCUAAAAUGAGAAGAGAAAAGAGAUUGUUGUGCCAGACGACCCAACGCGUGUGACAAGCCUCGCCCAGCCGUGUCGUCGAGAGUGAGUGUGAGAAAAAGGACUCGCGGGAAUUAACAGCUUAAUAAAUAAAAUAAAAAAAAACAGCAACCAAAACGAACAUUUUUGGCGGGAAUCAACCGAUUUCUAGAAAAGAGGAAAAGAAGAAGAAAAAACGAACACUUUUGGCGGGAAUCAACAGCCUACCAAAACCGAAAGAGAAAAAAAAACACUUUUGGCGGGCCGAGAGACAGACAGACACACCGAGGCAGACAUGUGAUGCCAUCAGCCGCGGACGCACGCCCAAGCACGAUGUCCAGAGGCGUGGUUUCGUCGGCGUCGUGGGCGGAGCUGGUGGGCGUGGUCUUGGUGGCCCUCCUGCUCGCCCGCCAGACGCACUCGGAUGGCCACGUCGUAG